UCUACAUCAAGCUCACAUAUAUACAUAUAUACAUAUAUAUACACACACCCACAGCCCCAUCCAAACAAAAGAUAGUUAUAAACCUGUGUUCAACCUUUUUUUCCGAGUGUCUGCUGAGUUUUUCAGUUUAAUUUUAGGGUUGAAGGUAUGGCAAAUUAUGGAGACAAGUACUAUGGCAACCAACCGGACCCCAACCCGGUUCGCCAACCUAAUGGACAUGGAGACCCGGUUUUAGAAACUGAUGAGUAUGGCAACCCGGUUCACCACACGGGUACCAUGGGAGACUAUGGAACCACUGGGGCCACUGGAGACUGUGGCACCGGUACCGGCACCGGCACCCGAGCAACUGGUACAACGGGUGCUUAUGGUACUGGAGCUGGCCUAACCAGGCAGCAGCAACAACAUCACGGCGGCAACCCGGUUCGCCAACCUAAUGUACAUGGAGACCAGGUUUCAGAAACUGAUGCGUAUGGAAACCCGGUUCGCCAAACUGAUGAGUAUGGCAACCCGGUUCACCACACGGGUACCAUGGGAGACUAUGGAACCACUGGGGCCACCGGAGACUAUGGCACCGGCACCGGAGCAACUGGUACCGCGGGUGCUUAUGGUACCGGAGCUGGCCUAACCGGGCAGCAGCAACAACAUCACGGCGGCAACCCUGUUCGCCAACCUAAAGUACAUGGAUACCCGGUUCGCCAAACUGAUGAGUAUGGCAACCCGGUUUACCACACGGGUACCAUGGGAGACUAUGGAACCACUGGGGCCACCGGAGCAACUGGUACCACGGGUGCUUAUGGUACCGGAGCUGGCCUAACCGGGCAGCAGCAACAACAUCACGGCGGCAACCCUGUUCGCCAACCUAAUGUGCAUGGAGACCCGGUUCGCCAAACUGAUGAGUAUGGCAACCCGGCUCACCACACUGGUACCAAGGGAGAGUCAGGAGACUAUGGAACCAUUGGGGCCACCGGAGCCUAUGGCACCGGCACCGGAGCAACUGGUACCACGGGUGCGUAUGGUACCGGAGCUGGCCUAACCGGGCAGCAGCAACAGCAGCACGGCAGCAUUCUUCAUCGCUCCGGCAGCUCCAGUUCUAGCUCGUCGGAGGAUGAUGGACAUGGUGGUAGGAGGAAGAAAGGGUUGAAGGAACAGAUACAGGAGAAGCUGCCAUGUGCGCAUAAGACUGAUCAGUCCCACACUACGGCCACGAGCGCUCCCACCACCGAUUACGGCUACGGAGGAGGAGAGCAGCAUCAGAAGAAAGGUGUGGUGGAGAAGAUCAAGGAGAAGCUUCCUGGACACCAUGACCACCAUCAGGAACAUAAUCAGCAUUACUAGUUCUUGCAUGGUGUAGCAGCAGCUUAUAUAUAUAUAUGUAUUGUCUUAUUUAAAAUACACACAGCUAUAUAUAUGUGUGUGACUGUAUGUGUUCGUUUGUACUUGAAGGUUUACUUAUACAGAUGAAGUGUGUAAUUAAUAAGCAGGGUUGGAGUUGUGUGUUAGUGUUACAUGACUGCACCUUGUGUUAAAUGUGUUAUAUGGUCUUUUUAAGUACUUUAUAGAUGUUUGUUUUUGUGAUU